AUGCCGAAUGCUAGUGGAGCACCUUCAAGUAUUGUAAGGCCUAACAUUUCUGCUAAUAAUUUUGAGCUUCGCCCUGCUUUAAUUCAAAUAAUUCAACAAGACCAAUUUAGUGGCCUAGAUAAUGAAGACCCUAAUGAACAUAUAACCACUUUUCUUGAAAAAUGCGAUAUUGUUAAGUUAAAUGAAGUGACUGACGAUGUUAUUCGACUUGGUUUGUUUCCAUUUUCACUUAAAGAUAAAGCUAAAAUGUGGUUAAAAUCUAAUCCGCCUAAUUCAUUUACAACAUGGGUUACAUUAUCUCAAGCUUUUCUUAGUAAAUAUUUUUCUCAGGGAAAAACUGCUAAGUUUAGAAAUAAUAUAACUAGUUUUGCUCAAUAUGAUGGGGAGUCUUUAUAUGAAGCAUGGGAAAGGUUUAAAGAUUUACAACGUAAAUGUCCUCAUCAUGGUGUUCCUGAUUGGUUACUAGUGCAAACUUUUUAUAAUGGUCUAAAUGAAUCUGUUAGAAUCACCAUAGAUGCUGCUGCCGGAGGUGCAAUAAUGGGUAAAACUACUGAAGUAGCUAAUAGGUUACUUGAAGAAAUGGCUUCUAAUAAUUAUCAUUGGUCUAAUAAUAGGGGUAAACCAAAGAAUACCGCUGGUAUGUAUGAAGUAGAAGGAAUUAACAUGUUAAAUGCAAAAGUUGACAACUUAGUCAAUUUGUUUACUAAAAUGAGUAAUGUCAAUUAUGUGUCUACUACUAUACCAUGUAAUAUGUGUGGAGGUGCUCAUUUAACUACUGAAUGUGCUAAUGUGGAGCAAGCUCUAUAUGUUUCUAAUUUUAAUAAGCACCCACAAAAUGAUCCCUAUUCUAAUAUUUACAAUCCAGGAUGGAGAAACCAUCCUAAUUUCUCUUGGAGGAAUCAAGGACAACAAAAUGCUAAUGUUAACUCACAAAUUCCACCUGGUUUCCACCAAAAACAACCCCAACAAGAAAUUAGACCAUCUUGGGAACUAGCUAUUGAAAAAUUAGCUAAUGCUACUUCUGAAAGAAUUGAAAAGUUGGAAACUAAAGUUGAUCAAAUUGCUAUUUCUAAUAGAAAUGUAGAACUUCAACUUGGACAAUUAUCUAUUGCCAUCAAUUCUAGAGCUCAAGGAGCUUUGCCUAGUAAAAUUGAAGUUAAUCCUAAACAACACUGCAAUGUUGUCAGUCUUAGAAAUGGUAAGGAGUUAAGUACCAUAAAAAGUACGAUUAAAGAAAAUGAGGUCGCCAAUGAAAGUGAAAAAGAGAAGGAGAAUUAUGAAGCUAAAAAAGAACCUGAAUUAACACCUCCUCUCCCACAAUUACAUAUUAACAUUCCUUUUAUUGAUGCUUUAAUGCAAAUUCCUUCUUAUUCUAAGUUUCUUAAGGAAAUUAUAUCUAAAAAGAAGAAGUUGGAAAAAUAUGAAACCAUUGCUUUGAGUGAGGAAUGUAGUGCUGUGAUUCAGAAAAAGCUUCCUCCUAAACUGAAAGACUCAGGAAGUUUUUCCAUUCCUUGCACUAUAGGUGAUAUUAAAUUUUCAAAAGCCUUGUGUGAUUUAGGUGCAAGUGUCUCUCUUAUGCCUUUAUCUAUUUGCAAGAAGUUAGGAUUGCAUAAUAUAAAAUCUACUACUGUAUCUUUGCAACUUGCCGAUAGAUCUAUCAAAUAUCCAAUAGGAUAUAGAAAAUGUGCUAAUUAA